CUUGAGCUGUGUGACUGGCUAGAUUUCGAUCCACAUCUGAACUAAAGUAAGGACACAUUUGGAUGCAGGAUGCCUCUGCCCCCGGCGUUACUGGCUCGCCUAGCCAAAAGAGGGAUUCUUAAGCACUCAGAUCAAGAUGCGGAUGAGGAGAUCAUUGCUGAAGACUAUGAUGACAACAAUGUAGAUUAUGAGGCCACUGCCCGUGAGAAUUUACCUCCCAACUGGUACAAAGUAUUUGACCCUAUUUGUGGUCUGCCAUACUACUGGAAUGUGGAAUCUGACCUGGUUGCCUGGCUGUCCCCAACUGACCCCACAUCUGUGAUAACCAAAGCUGCCAAGAAGUCAAGGGCAGAGGUUGCGGAGGACAGAGGAGAGAGACAAAUUGAGAAGCCAGACAGAGAAAGGGAGCGAGAGAGGGACAAAGAUCGGGAACCAGAAAUGGAGAGGGAAAGAGGGAGGAAUGAUGGGAGGGAAAGAGACAGGCGGAUGCAGAGGAGAGAAGACUUUGCUCCCUACAGCAAGAACAAACGAGGGAGGAAGGAUGAGGAGAUGGACCCAAUGGAUCCCAGUGCUUAUUCUGAUGCUCCCAAGGGCAAUUGGUCCACUGGCUUGCCCAAGCGUAAUGAGGCGAAGACGGGGGCAGACACCACGGCAGCAGGGCCUCUGUUCCAGCAGCGGCCGUACCCCAGCCCUGGAGCUGUACUCAGGGCCAACGCAGCCAAUAAAAAGCCCCCCAGUGAUGAUGACGACGACUGACCACAGGGGUUCACACUCAGCAGGAAACACAACUGUGGGCUCCUUGCCUGCUACGUUUGGAUGAAGUUACCUUUCUAUUCUCAGUCUAUACUCUACAUGGAAUGUGAGACCCCUGCUGACAAAGCUUAUCUGGUGAGGCGGAAACAAGUUGUGCUUCUGCACGUGUAAAUAUUACUUGGUAUUCUUUUGGUAUGACUGGAAUGUUAACUGUAGCCUACCAUUGAUCAUCAGAUGAGUGGCAUUUGCUAAAUAAAUGCUAAAUAAAUGACUUGUGCUGUUUUUUUCCCCUUUUGAAAAGAGGCUACAUGUGCAAUGCUAUUGCAGUAAUAAUGGCAAAUAAAGGGCAUCAUUCU